AUGAGCACUCAAAUUGAAGAUCAAGACUGGAAGUCCAAGUUGAAUAUUCCAAAAAAAGAUACCAGACCACAAACUGAGGAUGUCUUAAGUACAAAAGGUAACACCUUUGAAGAUUUUUAUUUAAAAAGAGAACUUCUAAUGGGCAUAUUCGAAGCAGGUUUUGAAAAACCUUCUCCUAUUCAAGAAGAAUCUAUCCCAGUAGCCUUAGCUGGUAGAGACAUCUUAGCAAGAGCAAAAAAUGGUACUGGUAAAACAGCUGCUUUCGUUAUCCCAACUUUAGAAAAAGUUAAAUCCAAGCAUAACAAAAUACAAGCAUUAAUCAUGGUCCCAACAAGAGAAUUAGCAUUACAAACUUCUCAAGUCGUACGUACGUUGGGUAAACAUUGUGGUAUUUCAUGUAUGGUUACCACAGGUGGUACAAAUUUAAGAGAUGAUAUUUUAAGAUUAAACGAAACUGUGCAUAUUUUGGUAGGUACUCCUGGUAGAGUAUUGGAUUUGGCCUCUAGAAAAGUAGCAGAUUUAUCAGAAUGUAAUUUAUUCAUCAUGGAUGAAGCUGAUAAAAUGCUUUCCCGUGAUUUCAAAUCAAUCAUAGAACAAAUAUUGGUAUUCUUACCAAAAAAUCAUCAAUCUCUAUUAUUUAGUGCCACCUUCCCAUUAAGUGUUAAAGAAUUUAUGGUUAACCAUUUGCAUAAACCAUACGAAAUUAAUUUAAUGGACGAAUUAACUUUAAAAGGUAUCACACAAUAUUAUGCCUUUGUUGAAGAAAAACAAAAAUUGCAUUGUUUAAAUACUUUAUUUUCAAAAUUACAAAUUAACCAAGCCAUCAUCUUUUGUAAUUCCACAAAUCGUGUUGAAUUGCUAGCAAAAAAAAUUACUGAUUUAGGUUAUUCUUGUUAUUACUCUCACGCUAGAAUGAAGCAACAAGAAAGAAAUAGAGUCUUCCACGAAUUCCGUCAAGGUAAAGUUCGUACUCUAGUCUGCUCAGAUCUAUUAACUCGUGGUAUUGAUAUCCAAGCUGUAAACGUUGUUAUUAAUUUUGAUUUCCCAAAGACUGCCGAAACUUACUUGCAUCGUAUUGGUAGAUCCGGUAGAUUUGGCCAUUUAGGUUUGGCAAUCAAUCUAAUUAACUGGAAUGAUCGUUUUAACUUAUACAAGAUCGAACAAGAGUUAGGUACAGAAAUUCAAGCUAUCCCAGCAACAAUUGAUAAAUCAUUAUAUGUAGCUAACGAUAACUCUGCUGUUCCUGUACCAUUCCCAAUUGAACAAAGCCACGUUCAACCAUCCAUGCAACAACAACAUAUGCCCUUACCACCUCAACAACCAAUUCCAAACCAACAGUUUGGAGGAAUGCCACAACAGUAUUCUCCACAACAGCAACAGUAUCAACAAUACCCACCUCAAGGUAUGGCUAUGCCACCUCAAGGAAUUCAAAUGCAACAACAACCCCAAUUUUAA